CGACGGCUCGUCGAGGAGGGAGGGAGGGACGACGGCGUACGCGAUAGUGCUUAGCUCGCGACGCGCCACCCGUGGCAGUUCGCUUUCCGCUGCACGCACCUCUGCGUUGACCACCAGCACACCUGCCGCCCCAGGAGCACGCCCCCAUCAAGGAUGGCCGACGCCUACGCCAAAGUCAAGAGGGGCGGCCUGAAGCUCAAGGGCGGCAUGAAGAAGAAGCGCAAGCGCGAGCGCGCGCCGAAGGCACCGGAGGCCGCCGCGCCCGCCGCAACACCCCAAGAGGACGACGAGGACGAUUUUGUCGUCGCGGCGGGCUCGGGCCGCAUCUCGUCGUCGGGCACGGCCGUGCGCGGCCACGACGGCACGCGGUUCAUGGCGGAGCUGCGGGCCGGCGACGCCGUCGUCAUCACGCACCCGACGACGCUGACCGAGGAAACGCGGAUUGUGAAGAUGGUCCUUUCGGACGUGAGCAUCGCCAUCUCGUCGGCCUUCUCGUCGGAUUUGGUGUCGACGACGGCCUUCCGCUACGUCGCGGCGCCGCGCGUCGAGCAGUCCGCGGCGGAUAAGGAGCGGGACGCGGCUCAACGACGCGUGCUCCGCGAGGACGGCGCCGUCGGCGACUACGCGGGCGGCGGCGGCACGACGCUGGUCUACCGCACGCGCAAGAAGGGCGCCGUCGGCGGGUCCAACGGCUGGAAGAUUGUGACCGAGAAGCUCGCCGAACCCAAAACGCGGACGGAGCUGCUCGAGAUGCGCUCCAAGUACAAGAGCGACCGGCACUGCGGCUAAGUAUGUUCUCUCUGUC